ACAGAGCUGCCCGAAACCGCCCCAAUGAGCACUGAAACCUUCCGAACAACGCGCCCUGAGAUCGUCGGUCCGGAUGAUGGACCUGUCCCGCCUUUCCCUCUUGCCCUACAUGGUGAGGUACAAAAAGGGUUUGGACGAGGAGGGAAGGAUCUUGGAUGUCCAACUGCGAACCUUCCUGACAAGGCACUUCAAUCACUCAGCGCAGCGACGACUACGGGUAUCUAUUACGGUUACGCACAGGUCUUACCUCGAGAAGGGGAAGAGCAGAACUUUAAUGGAGAUGAUAGCAAGGUACAUCCCAUGGUGAUGAGUCUUGGUUGGAAUCCGUACUAUAAGAAUGAAAAGUUAUCAGCGGAGGUCCAUAUCAUGCACGAGUACGAAAACGACUUCUAUGAACACGAAAUGCGUGUUCUGGUUCUUGGGUACAUUCGACCGGAGUUAGAUUAUACAAGUACAGAGGCUCUUGUAGCUGAUAUCGAGACUGACAAGAGCGUUGCAAUCCGUUCGCUCGCUCGCCCUACCUAUUCGAGAUACACGAAUGACGCUCUCUUCUCAACACCCACUGCGGGAUAG